CACAGUCUGCACCGAUUAGUAUUGUAUUGACAUUGCAGAGGUAAAUGAGGCAACCCGAAGAUGGCCCAAGUCAUGCGAAAGCCAAUCAUUAUGGAUUGUGGAAACGAGAUAUCGCUUGAAGAUAUUUAUAAUCUAGGAGGAGUAAUCACAGAGAAAUGCCACAGUGACUUUUUGGAAACUGCCAUUCUGAUGGUCUCUAAAGCGGAGAGUAAUGUUUUUAAAAAUGCAGAAAUAUCGAUUGAGGUACCAGGUCAAAAAUACAUAUUGUAUUCCGGUGGUAAAUAUAACAAAUUUUACAUCAGCAGCAAUUCUGGCAAAGUCGGUUUUGUUCAGACCGCUCAGAAUAGUGGUUUUUUCAGCAAAAUAACUGGAUAUGAUUGGACAAAAAGUAAAUAUUUAAAAAGCGAUAUGGAACAGUCAUAUUUUCACCCAAUAUACGAAGGGACACAUACUUCAUUUUCGACCUAAACAACGUUUUGAGAAAAAUGUGUUGAAAACCGUAAAUUUCACUAUCGAAUAAGAUAUUGACAUUGUAAAUUUUACUGCAUAAAGCUAACACAAUGAACAAUUAAAAUGAAGUGGAGAUGUAACUUCUUGGCUAAGAAUCUCGCCUUGUAAUUUAUACUGCCGUGAUUCGGAAAAAAGCAUUAUAUCCAUUUUUGAGAAUUUUGAAAUUUUUGGCUUAGGGGCAUCCUAUGCAUGUAAUCUAUCAUGUGAAUUGAUCAUACACUGUACCCCAAAAAUGUUUAUAAAUAUGAAAUUAAUAUGAGAGUUACGCACUAUAUCCAUCCACCAAAGCAAAAAAAUCCGGAAGAGUGCAUUAUAUCCACCAAGCAUUGAAAAGUGAGCAAUUAACCAAUGAUUUUGGCUUAUAAUACAAAGUUUGUUUUUUAAUCAGAGUGCAAAUUAUUAAAAGAAGGAUGUAUUAAUUUUUAUCUUUUAAAGAAUAAGUUGCAAUAUGACCAUGACCAAAUUGCGGCCAUAAUAUAAAUUUUUGUCUGUAUAUGAUGUACCAUACCAUAUUUUAGGGGAAAUACAACAUUUACGGUACUUAAUCAGAUCAGACACAUUUUGUAAAUAUUUUAUGAGAGUGAAUGCAAUAAUGUUGCUAAAUAAUAUAAAAAAAUCCUUUAAGAAACUUUCUAUUUUGUUUUGUCUUAAGUUAUUUAAACAUAAUGGAAUUUAAGCCUCUAACGUCCUGGUGAAAACUCACUUUAAUUUGCUAUUUUUUACUAGUCCUUAAGUAAAGAAUAAUGCAUGCAUUCUACUGGCAAAACUGGAUAUAAUGCCUAACAUUAGAUUUUUCAUGCUUCAUUGGUACAUUUACACAAAAAAAAAUCAAUAUAAUUCAUUUCCAUAACAAAAGGCUAACAAGAAACGCGUUUUGUUCAAUAUCUUAAAACUAUGAUUUUGGCUUAUAAUGCGUUCUUCCGAAUCACGGCAGAAUAGGUCUUGGGUUCAAAUCGUGUUACAGGCUUUUUUUUAUUACUACUAAAACACAUCUAUUCCUAAGUACAUUAGCUAUAGCUUCAAAAAGGGGGAGUGGGGGUAACCUCCCAAAAAUAGAAAAGUAGGCCCCAAAAAGUGCAGCAAAAAGUUAUUUAAUAGAAUUUGGUAUUACGCGGACAAAAUAACAUAAAAGUCCAAACACCGGAAAGGCGCUCAAACACCAAAAUGGCGCUGAAAUCUAUAAAUAUCUACAAAAUUGUACAGGACGGUUUUUGUUGUUUAUUCUAUGGUUUAUAAACCAAUUAUCAAUUGUAUGCGGCAGUUUGGCGCAGCGGUUGAGGUUUGGGCUUUCAAUCAUAAGGUCGGGGUUUCGAGUCUCCGCUGUGCAGAUUCGUUUAUGUCCUUCCUUGCCUUGGGCAAGGCACUUUAGUUACAUUG